CCGGCCCCGCCCACACCCUCGCAAGUCUGGUUUCCGGCGGGAGCGCGGACUCAGGGGGAGAGGGGAGUUUGCGGCUCCGGUACUGGAGCUGACUGAGGGCUGCGCUGCCCUUUGGUACCCGCCGGAAUGCCUCACUUGGAAAACACGGUGCUUUGUCGCGAGUCCCAAGUGUCCAUCUUGCAGUCCCUGUUUGGAGAGAGGCAUCAUUUCAGCUUUCCAUCAAUUUUUAUUUAUGGACAUACUGCCAGUGGAAAGACCUAUGUAACACAAACUUUGUUGAGAACUUUAGAGCUCCCACAUGUCUUCGUGAAUUGUGUUGAGUGCUUUUCCUUGAGGCUGCUUUUGGAACAAAUUUUAAACAAAUUGAAUCAUCUCAGUUCUUCAGAGGGUGGCUGUUCUACUCAAAUAACCUGUGAAACAUUUAAUGAUUUUGUUCGUUUGUUUAAACAAGUAACCAAAGCUGAAAGUCUCAAGGAUCAGACUGUAUAUAUUGUUCUAGAUAAAGCAGAAUAUCUAAGAGAUAUGGAAGCAAAUCUUUUGCCUGGGUUUCUUAGAUUACAAGAACUGACUGACAGAAAUGUGACUGUUCUGUUUCUCAGUGAAAUUGUUUGGGAAAAGUUUCGUCCAAAUACUGGGUGUUUUGAGCCAUUUGUCUUGUAUUUCCCUGAUUAUAGCAUAGGGAACCUUCAAAAGAUCCUGUCACAUGAUCAUCCUCCAGAGUAUUCAGCUGAUUUCUAUGCAGCUUACAUUAAUAUUCUUCUUGGAGUUUUCUACACCGUCUGCCGAGAUUUGAAAGAGCUCAGACAUCUGGCAGUACUUAAUUUUCCUAAAUAUUGUGAACCUGUGGUUAAAGGAGAAGCAAAUGAACGUGAUACUCGCAAACUCUGGAGAAAUAUUGAACCUCAUUUGAAGAGAGCCAUGCAGACUGUUUAUCUCAGGGAAAUAUCAAGUUCACAGUGGGAAAAGUUACAGAAAGAUGACAUAGAUCCAGCACAACUUAAAGGUCUUUCAGCAUAUACUCACGUGGAGCUUCCCUAUUACUCUAAGUUUAUUCUAAUUGCUGCAUACCUCGCUUCAUACAAUCCAGCAAGAACUGAUAAGAGGUUCUUCCUUAAGCAUCAUGGGAAAAUCAAGAAAACCAACUUUCUAAAGAAACAUGAAAAGACAAGCAAUCAUCUUCUCGGACCAAAACCAUUUCCACUAGACAGAUUAUUAGCAAUAUUAUAUAGUAUCGUGGACAGUAGAGUUGCUCCAACAGCAAACAUCUUUUCCCAGAUUACCUCUCUAGUGACCCUUCAGCUAUUAACCCUGGUUGGCCAUGACGAUCAGCUUGAUGGACCAAAGUACAAAUGCACAGUAUCUCUAGAUUUCAUCAGAGCCAUUGCUAGAAUACCAACUGGACAUUUGUAUGGAUGGACCUGUAAUAGACAAUUCACAAUCAUCAUCUCUAAUGCUGAUAUGGUUUGGAUGAAAAAGAUGAAUUCACUGAGCUGCUGACCCUAGAAUGCCUCUUGGAGAAGAAAAUACAUUUUGAGCAGCUAGGAGCCCAGUACAGGAAAGAAGCAGCAGAAAGAGCAGAGGAUGAGACUCUGGGAAGAAGUUCAUGGAAAGAAGUAAGGCAACAGAAACAUGGCUAAACCCUUUUGCAUUUAAAAAAAAAAAAAUUAUUUUUGCUCUCAAGGAUCAGGGCAAGAUGAUAAACAAAAGGAGUCUUUAGGCUGGGCUACUGUACAGGUGAUACAGCCAAAGAGAAAUUUUAAGUUAUUGCUUUACAAUUCAAGCUGUGACCAUUUUGUGCAACCCUUAAACUUCUGUAACAGUCUGUUGCAUGCAACAGCCAUGUUUUGGAGAUCAUCAAAAAGAAGCUGUUUCCUACUAAUGGGUUGACACUAGAGUAAACUUCUUUUAAAGGACACCAGGUGGAAAUCACAAAGAUAGCUGACAUUAAAAAUUGGUUAGAGGGACACCUGGGUGGCUCAGUGGGUAAAAACCUCUGCCUUCGGCUUGGGUCAUGAUGCUAGGGUCCUGGGAUCGAGCCCUGCAUCGGGCUCUCUGCUCAUCGGGGAACCUGCUUCCCUCUCUCUCUCUCUGCCUGCCUCUCUGCCUACUUGUGUUCUCUGUCUGUCAAAUAAAUAAAUAAAAUCUUUAAAAAAAAUUGUUUAGAAGUGGCCAUGAGAAUUUAAGUUUCAAACCUCUUUCCUCCAUUCAAGGAAUUCAGACACAUCUUGGGUGUGACAAUCCCAAGCCAAAAGCAUCACAUGCUUGUUUCCUCGCCCUAUCUCUCUGUUUCUCUGUUUAUUUUUUUUAAAGAUUUUAUUUA